AUGGUCCAGCAGAGUGACGAGAUAGCGACGGUGGUGGAUGCGGGGUCGACCGCUGCGUACGUUUACUACAUGGGACCACCGGAGUCCGAAGGGCAACAGCAGCAACAUCUUAUCAUCGGUACCGGUGACACCGGUGGUGGUGGUGGUGGUGGUGGUGGUGGUGGUGGUGGCAGUGGCAGUGUUGGUGGCCCAUGUUCGUCCAGUGAUACGCUGGACAGUGGCACCUGUAGCGAUAUCGAGGUGACGCCACCACCCCCGCUACCGAAGAAGAUGUCCCAGCUGCACAAAUCAUCGGCCGCGGCCCUUGCGUUUGCGACGAUAAACGCGCACGAACAGCAGCAGCAGCAGCAGCAGCACCACGUUGUAGAGAAGACACCGGCGGCGGUGGUGGUGCUGGUGGCGACGGCGGAAAGCCCGAUACCCGAUAGCCACCACCACCACCAUCACAUCUACCGCCAGCACCGAGAGCCAGCAGGAGGCGAUAAGGAUGGUUGUGGUGGCGCCGACGACGACGGCGACCCCGGGUCAGUUAUCACUUGCAGGGAAUUUCCCGUGCGCGACCAGAAAGAAGAAGAAGAAGGUGCGCCGCUAGAAUGGUCCGGCGGUCUGCUGGUGUCACAGCUAGCGCCCGGUGUCCAGUGUGACAGUGCACGUAACGAUGAUGCCUCCGUCCGCCACGACGACGACGACGACGACGACGACGGCGACAUUAUCGAAAACACAACCGAACAGUCAUCACUUACACGGAGGAACGGCCGGGGCAGCACUGUCACCGUCGAUAGUGACGGUUCCGAAUCGUGUCUGAGCUGUGACUCGCUGAACCUGGACCACAAGCACGGUACCGUAGUACCCCUGGCGGGUAUCACCAUCGAGGACUUUGGCCACGAACAGGACCGAGCCGCUGCCGGUACGCGUACGCCGCCAUCGCCGCCCUGCCGGAAGCCACAUCGCCACAACAACAACAACAGCAACCUGGUACGAUCCUGCGCCGGCCUACCGGACUCGCUGCUGGCCGCCAUCCGCGGUAACCGGCCGCGGGUGUACGACGAGGCGAAACUGGCCCAGCUGACAGCACCGACAACAAUCCAAGGGGAGGAGGACAAGCUGCUCCACAACAACACCACCACCACCACCACCACACGCUCGAUACUGAUGGACAAGAUCAACAGUCUGCACGCCGCCACCGGGGGACAGCGCGAUCAACUACUACUGCAACAAGCAACGGGAGCAACCAACCCUUCGGUCGUUACCCCCCCUUCCCCCCAGCACACCAUCAACGGCACCGGCACGGCCACCAGUGACAAUCAAACGCGUGGCAGCUUCUUCGAGACCGAUCGGUACUACAAGUUCCACAUACACGAGCGAUCGACGGCCGAACUGACCACCACCACCACCACCAGCACCAGCACCGGUGGUGGCGCUGAUAGUGAUGGUGGUGGCAGCACCUCACUGGAAACGGCCCCACCGUCGGUGUUCGAUGAUGACGAGAGCUUUGCCGGGCUGAAGGAUCUCACCAGCGGCACAUCGACGAUCCGGAGCAACAAGGGUACGGUGCGUGGCGUGAAGAACCGGGUGCGCAACGGUAUCGCUACGUUUCUGCAGAUGCAGCAAACCACUGGCAUGAAGAACUACAAAGAUAAGGAGAGUGGCAAGGUUGUUAUCUACAGCACCAGCAUGGGUAUCGUUCGGGAAACCUAUACCAAAUGCAUGAGCGUGAAGCAGAUACUACGUACGCUGUUGGUCAAGUUCGAAGAGAAGGAUAUCUUUAUGAGCAACGAGUACCAGCAGGAAAUACGGGAGCGAAUGCAAACGGACUGCGUUACGGUGCCCCAGGUAUUCGUCGAUGGGCAACAUUUUGGGGAUGCCGAGUGUAUCGAACGGCUCAACGAGAACGGUGAACUCAGGAAAAUGCUCAAACCCUACAAAUGCUUGGAGUCGCCCUAUACAUGCAAGGUAUGUGGUGGUUAUCGUCUGCUACCUUGCCCAUCUUGCGGUGGUUCAAAAAAGUCCAUCCAUCGCAAUCACUUCACCGCAGAAUUCGUGGCCCUCAAAUGUAUGAACUGUGAUGAAGUGGGUCUGGUCAAAUGUCACAACUGCUAAAACAGAGAAUGGUCUACGUGCACUAUACUCGUUCACCCAGAAUUGUGAAUCGAGCUUCUUUUUUUUAUGACAAUUUUCCAUGUAUAUCCGAAAACAUCACUUGGAAUGUAUGGCGCAUAUGACUAUACUGUCGUCAAGUACGCUACAGGCAGCCACAAAACCGGACGCGAUUAGUGUACGCAUGCCAAAACAGUGAAAAUAAAGGAAAACCGUAUAGGUCCCCCCCCCUCCCCCCGUUCCACUCACCGGGAGCUACUGAUCGAAUUGCAAACUCGAGUUUUAGUGAUUAAUAGUAGCUUUUUACCCCUUACCCUCAAACGUGCAUUUAAUUACGUUCCCGCACUUUUUAGUGUAGGAUUGCUUAUAAAAGAAAAAAAGGUAAAAAUAAAGUAUAGACCCGUCGCGGUACUGAGUGUCCCCAAAAAACCGCAGUUUUUACAUUUUAUAAUAUAAUCACCUACUCUAAUAUGUGCGGGAACGUAAAUGAAUGUAUUAGGGAAAAGGGAGAGGAAUGAAAAAGUUACAUUUAACCAGUAGAACAGCGCGAAUUUUUGGGCCACUUAGUAACACACCGCGAGUGGUGGGGCCCUAUUUAAGUCUUUUAGUCCUUUAUUUUUACACAAAAAUGUAACAGCAGCGGUUUUUUUGGAUCACAUACGCGCGCCAGCUCACCAUUUGGCGGAUAAGAUGAACGAGAUACGAGUACUUUCCACACAUUUGGUUUAGAUAAUCUCAUACAACCGUCGCUGCGGCUCGUAGUAAGGACGCAGGCUAAUAUUCUGUUCGUUCUGUCGUCGUUCGUACAAAAGGCACAACUGUUCUUAAGGUACCAGUGCACGAGUGUAACUUUAUCGUUAGGAACUGUAGCGACGAAAAUUCACUGGAAUUACGUUCGAUGAGCGCGCGGUGAUUGCGCAAACAUGAAAUGGUAAAAACCCCCCUAUCCAGCCAAUGCAUAGAGUUUAAGGUUUCAUUAGAGUAUCGGCGCCUUAACGAAAGACCAAUAUUCUACCGACAGCAGUUUUGCAUUCCAAUAAGGAAGUGGCUGGGGAACUAUAAAUAUACAGUGUACAAGACAAGUUACUAUAAAGCAAUUCUCGAAGUUAAUAAACAAUUAUCCUAACCGA